AAGCCAUCUUUGACAGCUGCAGCCAUCUUUGACAACUGCCGUUUAGGGGGCCCAGACGGAGGGCUCCCAGGUCUCAUCAGGUGUCCAAGUGUGAGGUGACGUGCCCUCCUUGCCUGCCUUCCUAACUGCACGCUGCGUGCGGUCCCUGACCUCUGUCAUCAUGCCUCGGAAGCACAAAAACAAGUCUCAUGGCCACGGGAAACGCCACCAGGUCCAGGGGGAAGCUCAGGAGCCCCAGGCCAGUGCUGCUGCAGCCCCAGGAGAGGAGCGCCCCUCCUCCCCCUCUUCUGUCCCUCAGGGUUCUCCCCCGAGCUCCCCUGCUUCUGGCGAUCCCCAGGAGCUUCAGGGAGCCAUGGCCCCUAGCUGUCCUGAUGCAGGGCCUUCCUGCGCAGGAUCUGAUGAAGGUGCCCAGGGCCCAGAGGAGGAAAGUGCAGAUGCCGCCCAGUCAGCCCUGGUCGUUCGGAGCUUUCGCAGAGAUCCUCUGAACAGGAAGGCCAGCAUGCUGGUGGAGUUCCUGCUGGAGAAGUACAACAAGAAGGAGCCCAUCACGCAGAACGCCCUGAUGAAGGUCAUCAGCAGCAAGUACAAGGAGCGCUUCCCUGAGAUCCUGAGGAGAGCCUCUGAGCGCGUGGAGCUGGUGUUUGGCCUGGAGCUGAAGGAAGUCGACCGCAGCAGGAACAUCUACACCCUCAUCAACAAGUUCAGUCUCGGGGUAGAGGAAGGUUCACGUGGUGAGCGGGGGAUGCCCAAGUCUGGUCUCCUCAUGGCGCUCCUGGGCAUCAUCUUUAUGAAGGGUAACCGUGCCACCGAGGAGGAGGUCUGGGAUUUCCUCAAUGUGUUGGGGAUCUAUGAUGGGAGGAAUCACUCCAUCUUUGGGGAGCCCAGAAAGCUCAUCACCAAAGAUCUGGUGGAGAAGGGGUACCUAAUCUACCGCCGGGUGCCCAAAAGUGGUCCUCCAAGCUACGAGUUCCUGUGGGGCCCAAGAGCUCAUGCUGAGACCAGUAAGAUGAAGGUGUUGGAAGUUCUGGCCAAGAUCCAGGAUACGGUCCCGAGUUCCUUCCCAGACCUCUUUCAUGAGGCUCUGAGAGAUCAGGUGGAGAGAGCAGGGCUGAGAGGCGCUUCCAUUCCUCCAGCUAUGGCUAAGGCCAGUGCCCCUUCCAGGGCCAAGUCCUGCAGCUCCUCCCACAUCUAG